UGGUUCUUGCACAGCCUCUGGUCCAUCUCUUCCAAACAUCACCCAGACGGUUGACCCAGCGUCAGGGUCAAUGUGAUGUCCCGGGACACUCCCUGAUCGGGAACCCUACAGCAGGAUGCGACUUCAGCCUUUUGGUAUUCUGAUCUCAGCUCUGCUGUUGGCAUCUCAGUGCGUCUCGGUUAGUCUGGAGAUUCUCACUCGCCUUGUGCAGCCCGAAGCCAUUCGACAUCCAUUCCUGUCCACUGUGGUUGGGACAACUAGUCUGUUAUUCAAUAUACUAAUGUUUACCUGGAGAACGAGAAACGGAGGGAUGAGUGAAGCUGUUGAUGGGAUUGAGUUUCCAGGAUUGAUACAAACUGACCUUCAUUCAACAUCAGAGAGCAAAGGUAUUGCUGUCCAGGAUGAAGCGCUGAUGUUCUGCAACCCUGAAGCACCCAGUGUUUUAAAUCCAGAUCAAAGCUCUCGGGACUGCUCUUCUAUAUGCUCUGAGUUACAAAACCACCAUGUUUCCAAACCGGUUGCUGAACUCAGUCAGGCUCAAAUCCACAAUUCCAGUGUCUGUGAAAGUACAUCUAAAGUUCUUCAGUCUACAGAGGAACAUGUAUACUCUACCUUCACUGAUCCCACUAUUCCGUCAUGUGACCAGGCUGCUCCUCCUCCUGUGAGAUCCUGGUUCAGAAGACACUUCAUCACUGUGAUCCAGGACCUUCUGUGUUCAGCUCUCAUUUUAGUUAAUGGUCUCGUUGUCCUGCUCAUGAAACCACACUGCCAUCGUCCUCAUUCAGACUGCCAUCUUCUGGUCUAUUUAGAUGCAAGUUUUUCCACACUGGUCAUUGUAGUUUUUUUAGCUAAGGCCCUGCCUAAGCUGUAUCGCUAUGGACUGCUUGUGCUCCAGGCAACACCACUGCAUCUUUGCAUCAAUGAGAUGCGGGAUUCUCUUACUCGUGUGCAGGGUGUAUUGAUGGUCCAUGAGCUGCACGUGUGGCAGCUCUCAGAAACAUAUGUGGUGGCGUCUGUGCAUGUGCACUGUCCAGAAAAACUGAAUGCAGAAGAGUGUUCAGAUCUCAUGGUGAAGAUCACAGGGGUGCUGAAAGCCUUCGGUAUAAACCACUGCACUGUGCAGCCUGAAUUCCUUCCUUCAGACAGGAGUUAUGCAGCGAAUUGUGGUGGAGAUGGACCAACAGCACCGGUGAGCUCAGGUUGUAGCUUACGUUGUGGGCAGGAAUGUGCUGAGAAGCUCUGCUGUUCUUCACAGAUGGACAAAUCCUGCAUUGUCAAAGCCAACAGUUCCACCGCCUCUGAGAAUUUGAGAUCUAUCUGUCCACUAGAAGAGAGUUUCUCCCCUCCUGCUCCCUCUAGUGUUGGCACGACUACAGAUGUGAUUAUUGAGAACACAUACCUGUGACUAAAUAAUGGAGAAAAGAUUUUUUUACUAACAGCUACAUUUUUGUACAUUAAGUACUGUAUUUGGUGACGUUACUCCAGCAAUAAAUACAUAAAAUAAAUAAAUAUAUAUAUCUUUCAGUUGGUGGCCUAACAUUAAUAAAGCCAGAGGUAAAACAGGAAUUUUGCUCAUAACACAUUUACUUGUUAUAAUGAGGCUAUAUAGGCCUAACCUGUUUAAGCUUGGAUUGUCUUAAAAAAUAAAAAUGUCCCAAAACAAAUAUAUGAUUAUAUUAAUAACAGUGCCACCAUCGCAGUCCUGGCAAGCCCACUAUAAACAGUGAAUGAGGGAGCUGACGUUUUUCUGGAUUAAAACAUUUCCAGUUAUCCUGAAAAAGAUUACAAUUAAAAAAAAAAUUUCAUGCAUUGUCCUGCGUUCAUUUUUGUUGAUUUAUUUUUUCAUUUAUCAUUUUUGUGCAGACAUCACAGUUGUCCUUAACCAA